AUGAUCAUCCAACCAAAAUCUUCAAAGCUCCAAAAAAUAGUUGCUAAAUCUUCUUUGAAGAUUCAAGCAAAAGUUUCAAAACCUUUGUCUAAAGCAAAACCUUUAUCAAAAGUAUUAAAAGUAUUUAAAUCUUCUUUAAAAAAUGCAUCUAAAUCUUCACAAAAAAAUUCUUUAAAAAAACUAUCAUUUUAUUAUUAUGAGGAUGAAAAUGAGGAUGCAAAUAAGGAUGCAAAUGAGGAUGCAAAUGAGGACGAAGAUGAUGAACUAUGUCAAAAUCAAUGUAAUUUAUUAAUUUUUUUAAGUGUUAUUUAA